UGACUUUUACGCGCUAUUUUCUUGCUGAGAGACGCAUUUGCAUUUGUUGGUCGUUUAAUUUGUAUAAAAACUUAUAUUGUGAUUGCAAACAUGAAUGUUCCCUUUGAGCCCCGUACUCUUGUUAAUGGCGGCAUGCUGAAACAGUUUGCCGGCCAAACCGUCAGCAUCAUGGUGCGCGUGGAGAGCGUUGCCGGGACGACGCUAAUGGGCCUCAGCACGGAUAACCAGAAGCUGCGCAUUAGCCUACCCAGCGAGCUAGGCGCUGCCCAGGGCGCCUGGGUGGAGGUUAUAGGCAUUCCAAAUGCUGGCGACGCCAUACGCGCCAAAGAGGUUAUUGAAUUUGGCGGCGACAACAUUGACUUUGACACGGAUAGCUACAACGCGAUGACCCAGUUGCUGAACAAUGUGAAGCAGUUCUAUCGCCAUGGCUAAGUAAAGGUUCCGUCAUGCUGUAGGCCCUA